UCCGCGGAGAAGGACGGGGACAUGGGGCUAGGCGUUCACAUCGACACUUGUUUAUGUUUAGUAUCUUCAUAGAGGCGAACGCCGAUGUUGUUUCUUUUCUGUGUAACCUUUUAGUUAUCCGUUUAGCGGUCAGUCGGCUUCGUCAUCUUUUUUUUUUUACAUUUUUUUUUUUGCCGGAGAGUGGCUAGUUAACAGGCUAGCUAGCUUUAUUAAGUUUAACGUUAGCGAGUUGUGACAAGCCUCCGCAUGGCGUUAAUCCUGUUUACCAGAUCCCGCUCACCUUUGAUGAAAACAUCCAGGUCGCUGAAGAGCGAAUUCAGGAAAGGUAAAGGGAAACUACAAGAUGGUGCCUGUUUCAACUGCACAGCACUUAGACUCUCCAGUCAAAAAAUUGACGGGCUCCAACUCUGCAGCCUUGCCACUGUGUCUUCAUUCGGCCCUUUGUUCCAGUGGUCAGACAGCUCCGUGGGCUCCUUCCAGAGCCUGGACUCGCAGCGACCCUACUGCGCUUUUGUGGUGGGGGCCUCCCCUUCACCGUACCCGGCCAUCACAACAGGGGGCCCGUGGAUGAUAACACGGCCGCAGGACAUCCACGGUGUACGGUGGAUACAUACCACAAGGCGUAGGUGGGAUGACUCCAAGGUUGAGAAAUCACUGCGUUCGCUGAAGGACAAGAACAAGAAACUGGAGGAGGGUGGGCCGGUGUAUAGCCCCACGCUGGAUGCAGAGCCCGUGAGAAGAACCCUCAGGCAGCGGGUGGUAGAUGAAAUCAAGCACUACUAUCACGGCUUCAGGCUGCUGUGGAUCGACACAACCAUCGCCGGGCGCAUGCUGUGGAGGGUACUAAACGGACACACCCUGUCUCGCCGGGAGAGGAGACAGUUCCUCAGAACAUGUGCAGACGUCUUCAGACUCCUUCCUUUCCUGGUGUUCAUCAUCGUUCCCUUCAUGGAGUUCCUGCUUCCUGUGGCGCUCAAACUCUUCCCCAACAUGCUGCCGUCCACCUUUGAGACACAGUCAAAGAAGGAGGAGAGGUUAAAGAAGGAACUGCGGGUCAAAUUGGAGAUGGCCAAGUUCCUCCAGGACACAGUUGAAGAGAUCGCCUUGCGGAACAAGGCUGCCAAAGGCGACGUCACUGAAGAGUUCUCCACCUUCUUCCAGAAGAUCCGGGACUCUGGGGAACGUCCCAGUAAUGAGGAGAUUAUCCGGUUCUCUAAGCUGUUUGAGGACGAGCUGACCUUGGACAACCUGACCAGACCCCAGCUGGUGGCGCUGUGCAAGCUACUGGAGUUGCAGUCCAUCGGAACCAACAACUUUCUCCGCUUCCAGCUCAUCAUGAAGCUCAGGGCCAUCCGGGCAGACGACAAGCUGAUAGCAGAGGAGGGGGUGGAGAGCCUGAAUGUGAACGAGGUCCAGGCUGCGUGUCGCGUCAGAGGGAUGAGAUCUUUGGGAGUCACGGAGGAGCGAUUGAGAGAACAGCUCAGCCAGUGGCUUGAACUGCAUCUGAACCAGCACAUCCCCACCUCUCUGCUGCUACUGUCCAGAGCUAUGUUCCUCCCUGACACGCUUUCCCCAGCUGACCAACUCAAGACCACCCUGCAGACCCUUCCUGAGAUAAUGACAAAGGAGGCCCAGGUGAUGGUAGCAGAGAUGGAGCUGUCCAAAGUGGAUAAUAAGACCAAGCUUGAGACCACGCUGAAGGAGGAGGCAGCCAUACGCCAGGAUAACAAGGACAGGGAGUUGGAGAGACUGGCUGAUGCUGCUGAAAAGGCUACCAAGGAGGGUGAGCUUGAGCAGGAUGUGGAGAGGGCCAAGAUGGCCCAGGGAGAUGAAGAGCCGGCCUUGUCUGGUGUUGAUGUGGCUGUUCAUUCAGAGACACUCAGAGACACAGCGCCUGUCCUGGAGGGAGUCAAGGGGGAGGAGAUCACCAAAGAGGAGAUUGACAUGUUGAGCGAUGCCUGCUCCAAGCUGAAAGAGCAGAGGAAGCUCUUGACCCUGGAGAAAGAGGAACUGGAAGAACUCAAGGAUGAUGUCCAGGAAUACAACGAGGAUCUGGAGGAGAUCAAGAAGGAGCUGUCCAAAACUGGCGAGGAGAGGGCAAUAGAGGAAUCCAAGGCCAGCCAACGACUCUCCAAACGGGUCAACCGCAUGAUCCACCGCAUUGACAAGAUCAUUGGGGAGCUGGAGAAGGACAAGGUGGUUCUGGAUGGGCAAAUGGACAGCGGAACCUCUCCACCUGUUGGUCUGUUCUACACCUUCAGGGAGAACCUCAUCAGCAUCGACGAGCUCAUCAGCAUCAUGCGGCAGAUACAGAACAUUCCGGAGCACAAGCUGCAAAGCAUCGCCGACGCCCUCGACGACAACAAGGACGGCAAGAUCGACAUUGACGACGUCAUCAAAGUGGUGGAACUGAUUGACAAGGAGGACAUUGACAUCACCACCACCCAGGUGACUGACAUCAUGGUGAUGCUGCAGAAGGAAGAGAAGCUCAUCGAGAAGGAAAAGGCCAAAGAGAAGGUUGAGAAGGAGCAGGCAGCUAAAGUCAACUGCUAACCUGUUUACCAUGAAAGGUGGGGCGCUUUGUUUUAAGGCUGACCGAUGAGAAAUAUGGGGCUGUAUCCCCCCCCCCCCAAACCCCAUCAACAGAGAGCUUCUGGACAGCGGACCACCAUGAAUGACCGGUCAAGCCUAGGCAAUUUCAAGAGAGCGGGUUGCCCUCUGAAUGUUAUGAAGUUGUGAUUUGACCUCAGAGAUAUUUAUUUGUUUUAGAAAAGAUGAGGGAAAAAGGGCUUGUUGCCCUCUUAAAUUAAACACCCAAAUUCAAACAGUAAAUCUUAAAAUUGCUACUAUAUUUAUCUCUGUUGGACUGAUACACAUAAGUAUAAAUACAAUGUUAAUAUACUUGGUUUUUUCUGUAAUAUUACUUAAUUAUUUAAUAAUACUUGGGACAAAAUGGCAUUGUAACAUGUUUGCUCUCCAGCUCUUCGACCUUCGAUUUGAUGAUGGAGAAAAAUGUGGUCAAAAUUGGAUUUUUGAAAACCUAUCGGGAGGUAAUACUUCAGUUUGAUGUGGACCAUCUUGCCUUUCAUUCAUUCAUUCAUUCAUUC